UUAUUCCAUGUCAAAUUCUGACACUAUAUAUGACAAAAUAAGUUGAUUUCUGAUGUUCAUUUUUCUAAUUCAGAAACGAAAAACGUGAAAAACGAAAAACAGACCUUUUUCGUUUUUCCAUUCUCUGUUUGCCUCGGAAAUUAAAGUAACAAAACCUUCACAGACCCACCCCGAGUCCUGAUUGGUUGGUUUUUCGUAGGUUUCACUCAGAACUGCAAGACGCUGAUAUUGCGUUACAGUGUAGCAAAAUGGCGGCUGUCAUUCAGAACCCACUUAAAGCGUUGGGUGACCAGUUCUACAAGGAUGCCAUUGAGCAGUGCCGCAGCUACAAUGCCCGCCUGUGUGCUGAGCGCAGCGUGCGCCUGCCCUUCCUGGACUCCCAGACCGGCGUGGCACAGAACAACUGCUACAUCUGGAUGGAGCGCCACCACCGCAGCCCUGGGGUUGCUGCAGGUCAGAUGUAUACGUACCCCGCCCGCUGCUGGAGGAAGAAGAGGCGGCUGCACACCUCCAUGGACACUCCGCUGCGCCUCUGUGGCCUCCAGCUAGAUGGAGGACUUGCAGGCAAGGAUGUGAUUCCCACACAGGGCACCACGCUGGAGGCUCUUCUCAGAGGGGAGGGCUUAGACCAGAGGAACAACUCAAAGGACGAGGAGAGCCUCCUAGAGAUCCAGAGGGUCUUGGAGGCUGACGCAGCUGAAGAUGCUUACCAUGACGAUGAGGACUAUGACGUGGACACCCCCAAAAAAAGACACAGAGGAAAAAGCAGGGGUCGGAUUUCAGGCCGCAGGAGGACAGACAUGGAUGACCAGGACAAGCCAUAUAGCUGUGACAUCUGCGGGAAGCGUUACAUGCACCGUACAGGGCUGAGUUACCACUACACCCAUUCCCACCUGGCGGAGGAGACGGGGUCCGAGUCCUACCGAUCACCCUCCGCACAGCGCUCUGACCGACACAAACGUCAGAAGGGUCCAGGUAGUACUGCCAUUACCAAUAACUACUGUGACUCGUGCCGGUGCACCCCAGGCUCCAACAAGCAGAGGGGUAAAUCUGGGGAGAGGGGUCCCUGCUCAGUCUGCCGGCGCUCCACUGGCCGCCCAGAAGAGAAGGAGGACAGCAGGCCGUUUGCCGGGGCAGAGGAACUGUUUGGCACCACCUCGGAGAGUGACACGUCCACGUUUCACGGCUUUGAGGACGAUGAGCUUGAAGAGCCCUCGUCAAACGGCAAGGGGACGCCCAACCGAUACAGAUAGAGAAGAACUUUCUAGGUUUAAAGACUAUUUUUAAUAUGGAUAACCUCUGGCAAAAGUCUGCUGCUUCUUUUUAAAUGUUUUUAUUUAAAGUGAUUAUUUCAGGAGAGAAAUGCAAGAAGUGUUAUUUUGUUAUCUACUGAAUCUUGUUUAAUAAUUUAUGAAUGUGUUUUUUUACAUGAACUUUGAAAGCAACUGAAGGUAUCUCUAGACAAAUGACUUGCUCCCUAUGUGAAAUGGAAAGAAGAAUUUCUUGGAUUAUUUUUCCACUGGAGCAGAAAAGGCAAAUAUGUUAUGAAAAAACACUGGGACAUGUGGAUAUAAUUAUGCUCUUUUUGGGAUGAUUUGCCAGAGAAAAAUAAAAUCCAAUAAUUUAUCUGAAAUUUAGUUAAAUGACAAUGUCUGGAUGAAGAAUGAAUGUCAAAACAAACCCUUCCCUCGGCUUGUUGAUGUCACUAGAAUCACCAUGCAGUUUGGAAAGACUUCCACUGCUUCAUCCUCUGGAUUAUAAUAAUGUGAAAAUGGAGUGGCUUGAAGCAAAGGAUUGAUGUGUGAAUUAAACAGGCUUAUACCAGAAGCAGGGCAUGGCUAGCUGAAAGGAGUACCAUGGCAUGAGGACCCAGGGGGCUUUGCAGCCAGUGAGGGGUGAGGUUCAGGACCCUCAACUGGACCUCCACACACCCCUUCACUGGGCCCAAAGACCCUAUCCGUCUGACAGUCAGCCACCAAACAGCCAUCCAUCCAUCCAACAGCUAUAAUGCCAGCCUGCCAGCGACCACAUAACCUAAUCCUCCCUAACUCAGAUAUUUUCUCUUUUUGAAGCAAUUUCCCCCCUGAGAAUAUGUAUAGUUUUUAUUCUGUGUUUUUGUCCUCUACGGCUGUGGCCACCAUGCCCAGCCGGCGGGAUCCAAUGUGACACUGAGACGUCAUUAACUUCAUCACUGUGCCAGCCUGCGACCCAGGCAAGAAACCAGCUCUGACAGCCAUGAUGACCCAGUGACCUCACUGGAACCACCCUGAACUUUAACCUCUGCCCCUGUCAUAGCGGCGGUGCUGUCACUUAUACAACAAAACCUCUGGACUACUUACUCUUUUUAAUGUCACUUGAACGGGCCAAACAAAUCAAGAGCUUUCUUGAAUCCCUUUCAUCCUGAAGUUAGAAUCGUGCUAUGUUCCUUUGUUUUGAACACGAUAUUGACAGAUUGGGUUGUUAGUGUCAUUUUGGUGAGAGGUGGAUAUUUUAUUAUUCUGUUUGUUCUGGCUUUGUUUAUACCUCUGUCUUUCUACAAUACCUACUUCUACUCAGGCGUAUGAUUUGUACUGCUGUUGAUUGUUCUUCUCUCUGCAUCACAAUGCGUUCAUUGUCAGCCACUGUCCCCUGCCUGCCUCAUGUGAUUGUAUCCCUAUGGUUUAGUCAUCACAAUAACACGUUUAGUGAUCCCAGCUUUAACAAAUCAGUGUUCUGAACUCAGCCCAACCAAGUUCAUGGGCACAUUACUCCAUAUUUUCUCCUUCCUCUGACUCACUUGUCAAACGCUUCUGUCCAGAAUCACUUACAUGGCAUGUGUGCAUAAUGCAAGGAUAGUUGCUUACAAUUGCAGAAGAAGUCUUUAAGCUGUAAAACAAUGUUAUUUUUGACAUUUGCUUUUAAGUGCUAUAUAGCUGCGUUUACACAGGCAGCCCAGUUCAGAUCUUUUUUCUACUAAUUGGUCUUUUGACCAAUCACAUCAGAUCAUUUCCCAUCAGAUCUUUUGUGUCUUAAAUGUUGACUCUAGACACUCACUCACAUAAACAUUCUUAACACUGAAUUCCCUCAGGGACCCUUUCAUCCACAGUUUCUAGGACUUCUAUGGAGAAUUAUUUUGGUAAUCAACAACAACCUCCCCAUCAAUUACUGAGUUUCCAUGGUAACCUCAAAGGUCUUAAGUUAGUCAUAUUAAAUGACAACCUGGUUGCUAUUAUGGUCAUUGUUUUCUCUCACUGGUGACGUCCUCGAACAAACAGCACGGUACAGUAUACUUCCAAACAACACUUCAUGGAAGUCAGCGAUGUCUGUCUGUAUAGAAACAAGUGUCAUCACCACCAAUCAUGUAAUAGUGCAUAGCUUGUAUACCUCAUCAAAGAGUCAAAUACACAGCAAUAACCCCAGAGCUCUUAGCAAGCCUUCCUGAGUUAGAGGGAAGCACAGGGGUCGGAAUGGAGCCAAGAGAUGAAAUGGACUUGACCAGUCAUUUUAUCUUCAACUGUAAAUAACUCAUGGAGAGAAUUAAGUCUUUGUUAAACUAUUUUUAUUGUAUUGAAAGAAAAUAAAGAAUGAGACACUGUCCUCUCUGGAUAUUUGCGGAUGUUUUUCUGUGGUCCUAUGUAACACUAUUGUAGUAAUUACAAUGUUACUACCCAGUUACCACAUACUGUAAAUGAGAGGUCACCAUGUAGACAGGUCCAAAGGUUUUAUUAUUUGGUGCCCACAAGAUAUCAGGUGCAUGGGUAUUUUACAUUGAUAAUAGUCAUCUUGCUGUUUGAGAAACUAGAAGCACAAAUGCCCUGGAUAUGUUACAUGCAUAGUAAUGUGCCCAUACCAUAAAAUGUGCUUUUAGAUAAUGGAAAUCUAUAGAGUCAAUUUAUGUACAAUGCACUCUGUACAUACACUAUUGUGUUUGUGCCGACAAUAUUUUUAAACACUGACUCAAUAAAUUAAGCAUCUCUACCUUACAGUCAAGAGGUUAUCAGUUUAUGAUAAUCAUAAAUAUUAACCAGUACAGUGCAUUGCAGCAACUCUAAUUGAAACAAUUAUUGAAAUAAUUAUCUCAGUAUUUCAAGAACUUGGGACUAUAACGUUCUAUCUGCAAAAAGAUUAUUCUGAUAUAAUUGGCUUUAAAGUUCCGAACCCUUUGGUCUCAGCAAUUUUUUAUUUUGUACUUUUAACUUCACAUGAAUUGUGGUAUUUAGAUCACUAUAUAGAUAGUUCUGUUCAAUGUUCUCUAUGUCAAUAACUGAAUUUUGACAACAAUGCAGAUCGAACAUUAUAGUACCAAGCUCUCGAUUUGUCUUUCAUAAUAUUGUCUCUGGCAGUUGUCUCUGGCAUAACUGUGUACGCAACCAAUAAACUUUGAUCUGAGUUGA